ACUGCUUCAACCCAAAGUUCGACCAAUUCUUGUCGUUCUUUCUGGUCUAAAUUACAUAAAUUAUUUCACAAGUCUCGUCAGAGACGCAACUCUGACUUCUCACGUCAAACAACAGGCAAUUACAGCAGCUCCACAUUAUCAGAUGAAUCGAUAAAAACAGUUGAAUUCGACGCGAGUGGCUCUUCAUCAGGCAGUCGACGCCAUCGAAAACAGUUGAUAAGCAGUCCCGAAAAGGAAAUUCCCCAAAUGAUUAUCCCGCCCUUCAGUCCAACCUAUGCCAAGUCAAACGAAUUCCCUUACUCUAACUUCUAUGUUAAGUUACCAGACGGUAGAUGGAUGAUACGUUACAGAGAUGGCAACAGAGAAAUCUUAAGAACAGAUAUUCUAGAAGGUUACAUGGUGUGA